ACUAUUUCGUUAUAAACAAGUUGCAGCUCGGAAUAGGUGUUAGCUUACUUUUAUUGAAUUCGUUAACCAUAAAAUUAUGAUUAAACUUGGAAUAUUCUUAUUAAUACCGUAUUUUUACUUUAUCAAAUGCGAACCUAAUAUCCCUAUAGUAAUUACGACUUGGAACUUUAAAAACUCUACUAUUAAAGCGUGGGAAGUGUUGAAAACUGGUGGUACAGCAUUAGACGCAGUGGAGCAGGGGGCGUCGGUCUGCGAAGCGCAGCAAUGCGAUGGUACGGUGGGCUACGGGGGCAGUCCUGACGAAGAUGGUGAGACUACCCUGGAUGCUCUUAUAAUGGAUGGGAAAUCCAUGAAUGUUGGUGCAGUGGGUGCUCUGCGUAGAGUCAAAAGCGCUAUAUCAGUGGCGAGACAUGUCCUCGAGCACAGCUACCACUCUUUCCUCGUCGGGGAGUUGGCCACACAGUUUGCUGAGCAGAUGGGCUUCCCCGUGGAGUCUCUCACAACUCCCAAAUCCAAGAAAAUUUGGAAAAAAUGGAGAAAUGAAGAUCAUUGUCAACCAAAUUUUUGGAUGCAUGUCACACCAGACCCAAGACAAAGCUGUGGGCCAUACUCAAAGAUAACAAGCAGACACCAGCAUUCAACAAUAGAUCAGAAAGUGGACCGAUACAACCACGACACCAUCGGGAUGGUGGCAGUAGACCAGCAUGGAGAUGUCGCUGCUGGGACUUCUACUAACGGAGCCAAGUUUAAAAUGCCAGGGAGGAUCGGUGACUCGCCGAUCCCGGGCGCGGGCGCGUACGCGGACAGCGCGGUGGGCGGCGCCGCGGCCACCGGCGACGGCGACGUCAUGCUACGGUUCCUGCCCAGUUUCCUAGCCGUAGAAGAGAUGCGUCGCGGCGUCUCGCCGACAUCCGCUGCCGAGACGGCCGUAGCCAGGAUCGCAGCCCACUACCCGGGCUUCAUGGGCGCCGUGGUAGCCCUGGCCAAGGACGGGACGUACGGCGCAGCCUGCCACGGGAUACACCAGUUCCCGUUCGUCGUGUUUGAUCACUCGGCCGAGCAAUGUAGAACUGAGCGUGUGUUGUGUUCCUAAGCUUAAUUAGUUCUGAAAAUGAUAAUUAUACCUAUAGUCCCCAACCCAAAUAUCUGGUAUGUACAAGGUGUAACAAAAAUAGAGGGGAUCCGUUUAAGGCCAUAUUCGGUAUCGAGUUCUGAUUACGAAAGUAGAAGAAAAACAUUAUCCAAGUGAAGAAUUUUUUUUUUCUAUGGGGCUGAUCGUCCAAGUCGGCAAACCCUCCAUGCAAAGGCCAAAAAAUUUUUGCCUCAAAAAAUGUUUUCUUCUACUUUUUCCUAAUCAGAACACGACACCGACCCUUAUAUGCCCUUGGUCACAGAUCAUAUAAUACUAGUCCUUAGUACACCUUGUAUACAAGGAUUAAUUGUUCGUAGCAUCAAUAUAUUACACAAAUAUAUUCAAUAUAAUAUAUUCAUAACUGAAUAGUUUCAUUAGCUCUGGCCAAGGAUGGGACCUCAGGAUGGGACGUACGGCGGCGGCGCGGCCUGUCACAG